AUGAGUUCUUCGGUUCUUGUCCUCCUAUCGGCGGCCAUGGCCGUGGCCCAAAUUACUACAAUCGACGUCGUCUUCCCAGUCGAGGCCGUCGGUACAAUGACCGGCACAGUUGUCAAUGCCAACCCUAGCCUCACCACAUUUGCCAUUCACUGCGCCAAUGAUGCCAACAACGCACAAUGUCACAUCCUCAAUACUCAGACCGUCGUUGAAGGCCCUUCUACUCUCACGAUCCAGUACUUCCACUCCAGUGACAGCCAAGCUGGCUACUUCUCAGAGGACCUCGCCUGCAACCUCGACAGAUCGGGGAAUGCGGCUACGUGCGCUGUCACGGUCGCCACGGUCAACGACCAGAGCGAGACUGUGACGAGGACGGUGGUGACGACCCAGACCAAUCUAUCGAAAAUGUACAAGACCGCUGUCAUCACGGAAGGUGCAGAAAAGCUCGUCGUCUCCGCGUCCAACACUGCCAAGGUGACUCCAGCCCCGGCCUCCGCUACCGAGUCUCUAGUCACCUCAACCUCAAACAUCAGCAGUGAGCAAGUGGCUCUGACUUCUUCGGCGACCGGAAGCGGAUCUGGGUCAUCUGCCGCAUCUGGUACACCUGCUGUAUCUUCGCCUGCGGUGAUUAGGAAUGCUGCACCGGGGAGAGCGGCCGAGCGGUAUACAGCCGCUACCUUGGCUAUGAUGGCUGUGGCAUUUAUGACGGUGUAG